AAUUUCCAUUCUCAUGAGUAUUGUCCAGGCGUACACAGCAGUGUGGCGUUGUUGGUGCCUCAGUCUUAGUACGAUCAAUGAAAUGAUGCUAUCAAGCAAAUAGCGUUUCGCCUUACGUAUAGGAUUAUGUUAGUCUAUGCGGCGUUUGAGAUGACCAUCCUGCUUCUGACCGGCUGCCAAGCAUUCCAUCACAAGCAAAUCACGAACAGUCCAUUGGCUGCCAGGCUUCACUGUAAUGAUAUCUUCCAUGUCAUGUGCAUACUGUGUAAGAAUCCGUUGCCCGUCAUUUCGAUCGUUGAUCGCGGAAACGAUGUAGUGAUGUCCUUGUUGAACAUCAUGGUGCUUAGUGCGCUUGUGAGUGUGUAUUCUGGAUUCAUUGAUACGUGAGUCGCUGGUCACGAGGUCUUGCUAUAAUUUACAACGCCACGCGAAGGCUCCAGGCUGUUGCACAUAACAUUUUAUUUUCAGGACUACUCUUCAAC